AUGGCUUCAGCCUGUCAAAAUCGCGUAGUAGCACUCGUGGUUCUCAUAGUGCUCACCAACUCGAGACUAGGUCUAGCAGCAGCGGAGCAGAAGCCAAUAGCGUCCUUCUUCGGCGAUCCGCACUUCGAGGGCGCCGAUGGCGUUCAUUUCCGAUUCACUGGCGUGCCCGGCGAGGCCUACUGCCUUCUCUCCGACUCCUCGCUGCACAUCAACAUGGAAAUGGCCGGCGACUCGGGGGUGCUCGUCGCCGGCCACUCGCUACAGCUUAGAGCGCGGCAAGGGUCAGACGCGUCGCUCGGCGACGGUUUCCUGCAGUCGAUUGUGCUAGACGACGUCGCCCAGCGAUUGUCGCCGUCGCACAUCCUAGAGAGCGACGACGGCGCGCUGAGAGUGCACCACGUGGGAGUUACCGAAUCCAACGGUGUGGAAACCGAGACUCUCAGAAUACAGUCCGGCGGCCGGCAAGGGGCGGACUUCCUUGUCCAUAUUAGGCCAGAGGCGGUCGACCGGCAAUCACCAGCGGACGCGUUUGUGCAUUUCUCGGUGGAGGUUUUAUCUGGGGGAGGGUUGACCGACCCGCACGGCGUGAUGGGGCAAACCUUCCGGAGUUCCCAGAAGGAGCGAUCGUUCGCGGUAAGCCUGCAGUGGAGCCGCGACGCGCAGGCGUGGGAGGUGGCAGGAGAUAACGGCGACGGCUAUCUUGACGGCUCCGUCGAGAGCUACCGGUCGUCCAGCCUCGUCGCCGCGGAUUGCGCGUUCUCGCGGUUUAAGGCGGCGGAAGGAGUCGCCGGCGCGCGGAGAGAGGAGGGCGACGGGUCGUGGGCGGUGGCGGAGAUGAUGGCGGAGGGGGAGGAGGCGGAAGGGGCGGGGGAUGUAGGUCCGGGGAUCGCGAGUGCGGUCGGGCGCAGGCUGCUGGGCGAGAGAAGACUCCGCGAGUGA